UACUGCCAAGCGAAGAGAAUAUUAACCACAAUGUUCUGCCAAGAGCCACCCAACAUCUACCAGUUUAACCGGACCGGAGUUCUCCUGAGUCGAAGCCUGUCAUACAUGCAACCCAAGAUUAUGGAGAAUCAAAUAAACUAUGUGGGGACCCUCGCAUUUUUCUGCGGAAUAUGUUGCACUAUAUUCAUGCUUAAGUUAAAGUUCAAGGCGACGCUGAAACUAUCUGAUCCACCGAAUAAAGAAAAUACGCAGAGAGUUUCCUCUGGAAUCUACAGAUCAAAUAGAGAAGAAUUCUUUGGAUAUGGAAGCUUACAAGAUCCACCUAAAACAACAACGCCAUCUAUAGCAAAUGUCACUACGAGCACUGAACCCACACCUUCCAUGAGACCAUCUAAAAGCACCAGCGAUUUACAUACUAUCGAUAUUUCCAUUCAAGUGGUCAAAAGCUCAUCUGAAGCGUCUUUAAAUCCAGGAGGAACAAAUAAUAUUGUGCAAGUACAGAACUCGCUCCCGAGUACUUCCAAAGAAGUGCAUAAACAAGACAAACGUGUGGCGAAAGGAGAAAAAGCAGCGGAAAAACAAAAAAAUCGUGAGACCAGGAAAGAAGUAAGGGCUGUGAAGAAAGAUGAAAAAGCUGCAAUAAAACUACAAAAAGAUGAAGUAAAAAAGCAAGAAAAGGAAUUGAGGAAACAAAUGAAACAAAGGAAGAAGGAACAAAAGGAACAGAGGAAGGCUGAAAAGAAAUACCUAGCUGCACAGAAAAUAAGAGAAAAACUAGCGCAAAAGCAAGACAAAACGACGACAAAAGUUGAACAAGCUGCGCAAAAAUCAAAUACUAACAAUCAAGAGAAAAGAACUGAAUCAAUUGAUCAGAGCGAACCUCAGCCAAAUAUACAUGUGAGGAGACAAGAAAUGCCAUCAACUAGUAAUAGAGUGGUAAGUGACGUACUUAUACAUGACGGACCACCACCUUAUUCUGAAGUCCCUCCGCCAGUUAUUAGAAAUGAGCAGGAUAAUACCGGCAACACAAGUUUCAGCAAGCCCAUAAAUAAUGCAGUAAGUAGUUGGGACAUGAUAUCUCAACAUAGAGAGCAAAUUACUAGACCUGUGGGCCCUGGGCCGAGUACGAAUAACCGCAAGCAGGUUGUAAUGGAUUUAAAUUAUAACUUUGGUAAUGAUAAUAAGAAUAAUGAUAAUGAAGAGGAAAUUGAAAAUAGUGAAGCGUGAAGUUAAAUUGUUGUAUUCAAGUUGUGAAAAACAUUAAGGGUGAAGUGCUAAGUGAAUCUUGCCCUAAUAAAUAAGGGUUCUUAUCACGUGUAUGUACAGACUUUUAAAAUAUUACGUAUAUCAAAAAAAUAUAAGUAGUAGAUGCUUAUAUUUUUUGAUAUAAGUAAUACCACUCUUUACAUUCAGAAUUUUCUCUCUAGUUUAGGAUGUGAUUCUGAGUAGUGUUUUUCCUUGAACGUAAUACUGUUGUAUAUUAAUUACUGUUAUUUUAUAGGCGUACUCUGUUUUAAAUAAAUUGGUUAUUAUUGUAAUAAGGAAUUUGAUUAGAUAUACCAGAUAUAAACCAAAAUUAAGAUUAUCAGAACAUAAUUAAGGAAAGUCUUAUAUGGGUAGAUAGCAGGAUAAUGACAAUUAAAACUAGCCUACGCCUGCAGGUUCUUACGUUCACGUUGAUUGGAUGUUUUUUAUACGAAUGUACUGAUGCAUUGGCCACCAAUGUUAUAUUAAAUCGUAUUGUUUACAUAAGAGUUAUGCGUAAGAUUAAAGAGAAAAAUCAUAGUAUUUAACUAGGCUACAGAAGAUGUAAAAUUUUCCCAGACGGGCAAUUUUUAUAGUCUUAUUUAAUUAGUCUUAAUUAUAUAUAUUCGUCUUAUUAUUUUUAAAGUCUUAUGAAUGUAUACUAAAGCGUAAAGAUAAAUCCCUUAAUAUUCUAUCUUAAUAUUUACAUAGCCAGUAAUACAAUACUAUUGGGACAAAAUGAUAAUAUUCUGUUUAAAAAUAUUAUUUAUGGCGCCAAAGUAAGAAACUCAUAUUCUAAAAUAUUUAGUCUCAGAUGUUAAGUUAUUUUCAGUUCAUUUUUAAUUUAGAAAUAGUUAAACGUUCCUAUUAAAGUAAAUUAAUGUGUGAAAGUAACUUAUGUCUAAUUGGGCUCAGGUAUGCACUUAUAUUUUUAGGAAAACAAGUUUAAAGUGUAAUAAUCUACAAUCUAGAUAUAAUGUAAAAACCCAUAGAGAGAUGCAUAAAAUUAUUUUAUUGGGACUGAAUUUAUUUCAU